UGGAGUCUGUGGUACCAAUCAGCGAGGGAUGUUGUAACAGUGGAAGAGGAAGGUCAUAUUUUGAAUCCGAGAAGACAAGAACCUGAGAAGAUGGAGAUGGGAGCAGAAGGAAAAACUGACACAAAGAUGCACAUGGGUGGAACAAGAAUUACAGACUAAAGGACGGGGACAGACUGACAGAAGAUGGGAAUUUUGCUGACGUGGGAAAGAAUUUUUGAUGGCAAAAUUCUUUUUUUGCUUUCUUGCCUUAUUCCCUAUUCAUUAUCCGAGGAUAACAUUCAAAAAUGGCACUAGCAAUACGGCAAAUGGAGAAUUUUACACUGACAGGCGGAUGCUGAUUAUUGCACAACAGAGGUCAUAUGAUGAAACCAGCAAGACUCCUACCAACAAGUGCCCACUGGUAACUACUAAGCAUGCUGUGGUAGCAGAAAUAGAUACUGACCAAAUGACCACUGGAGACGCUCUGUAGUUAAGUGGAAAGCAGUUCCAGCUGGCUCUCUGACCAUGCUGGAGCAAUGGAAGUGGCAGAGAUGCUAGAGCUAAAUAUGCUAGGACAUUGGUUCAUCUGUUUGACAGAGCAGUGACGAUGAAGAGACGAGGCCAGAGGUUUGUCAAGGCUGACUACUAUGAACUGGACUGGUACUAUGAAGAGUGUACUGAUGUGCUGUGCGCUGACAGAGUGGGCCAGAUGACGAAGACCUACAGCGACAUUGAUGCUGUCACUCGACUGCUGGAAGAGAAAGAGCGCGACUUGGAGUUAGCAGCUCGCAUCGGACAGUCGCUGUUGAAGAAAAACAAAGCUCUCAGUGAGAGGAAUGAACGGCUGGAGGAGCAGGUGGAGCACAUCCGGGAGGAGGUAUCUCAGCUGCGCCACGACCUGUCCAUGAAGGAUGAGUUGUUGCAGUUCUACACCCAUGCUGCUGAGGAGAGCGAGGGGGAUUCGAGCUCUUCCACACCUCUGCGUUCCAGUGAGCCCAGCUUGUCAAUUCCAUCUUUUUUUCCCCUGGACUCCUUACAGAAGAAACUCAAAGAUUUGGAAGAAGAAAACAAAUCACUGCGAUCUACGGCAAGUCACUUGGAGACUGAAACCAUCUCUUAUGAGGAGAAAGAGCAGCAGCUUGUCAAUGACUGUGUCAAAGAACUACGUGAUGCCAACCUGCACGUUUCUUCUCUGGCUGAAGAUCUGGCCAAGAAGACCGACGAUGCCUCCAGACAGCAGGAGGAGAUCACACACCUCCUGUCGCAGAUAGUAGACCUCCAGAAGAAAGCCAAGCUUUACGCGGUGGAGAAUGAAGAACUGACGCAACACUUGGGUGCAGCUAAAGACGCCCAGCGACAACUCACAGCUGAGUUGUGCGAUUUGCAGGACAAGUAUGCAGAGUGUAUGGAGAUGCUCCACGAAGCGCAGGAGGAGUUGAAGAACCUGAGGAAUAAAACUCUGCCAUUCAACACCUCGAGACGUUUCCAUUCUCUGGGCCUUUUUCCAAUGGACUCUCUGGCAGCAGAAAUUGAGGGCACCAUGAGGAAGGAGCUUGAGAUGGACGAUCCAGAUGUGGAAGAGCAGAGAAUGCAGCCAAAGCGAGUGUUCCAGACGGUGAAAAACCUCAACUUGAUGCGUCAGCAGCGAUCAUCUGCAGCUCCCUCCCCUCUCAACAUCCCGGGCUCCAAUCAGACUUCAUGCUUCACCUCAGGCCGCUCCAGCAGGGUGGGCACACCUCGCUCCAACUCCAUUUACGGUAGCGAGACGGGAAGUGGGAUCAUCCUGGACAACAAAACGAGCAGUAUCCUGGAGAGUCCCGAUGAUGGGUCAGAGGACUCUAACAGGCGCCCCCCUGGUACUCCUGGGACCCCAGGAAGCAGGGACCUGGAGGCCGCCCUGCGCCGUCUGUCCCUCCGCCGCGACAACUACCUCUCAGAAAAACGCUUCUUCGAUGAGGAGAGAGAGAGAAAGCUGGCUUACCUUGCAAAAGAGGAGGAAAAAGGAGGUGGGGAAGGCAGUGAAGGCCCCGCGACCCCAACAGAGAGCCUGUUGUCGCUGUGCUCUGGCGUCUGGUCAGGAUACUCGUUCACAGCAAGGUCCUAUCUGCCAGAGAAGCUGCAGAUUGUAAAGCCACUAGAAGGUUCUGCUACACUUCAUGCGUGGCAGCAGUUGGCUCAGCCCCACAUGGGGGCUGUGCUGGACGAUCGGCCCGGUGUGGUCACCAAGGGCUUUCGCACUUUAGCCCACGAGCAGCAACAAGAGCAGGAACAGGAAGAGAACUGCCAUCUGGACCGACCAGAGGAGGAUGAAGUGUCAUGUGACUCGUUUGAAGGGUUAUCAGACACGAGCUCCACUCAGAUGGGUCUGCCUCAGUCUACCUCCACCCCGUCUCUCCGCUGCAGCAAAACUGCUCACAGUGGUGUCAAAGCUCAAUCAGAAGGACUGAAUGGAGCCAUUUGUGCUGUUAAAGAUACAGUUCAAGAAAAAGAUGGACAGGUUGCAAGCACGCCCCUUCUCCUCUGCAGCUCUUCCCCGUCUUCUCCACUCCCUUCUUCUUCUUCUUCAGAUAUCAAUGGGCAUGCAGACCUGAAGGAACUCCAGGCUCUGGAGCCCAACAUUGUGGAUCACAUGUCUGUUCAUUUCCCAGGGAAGUGUAUGUCUCAUACUAGCUCCACAUACACCUUCACUACCUGUCGGAUCCUCCACCCCUCUGAUCAGCUGACCACUGUCUCCUCAAGCCUCGGCACGCCCUCCAGUCCGAGCAGCGCUAACAUCGGCACACCAACCCACGCUCAUUCCCCAAUCCCCUUCUCAGCUCCGCCUACACCUUCCUACACUCCCUGCUGCACCCCGCGACGUCUCUCACUGGCCCUGGCCGAGUCGUCCACCAACCUGCGGGACUCCACCAAGACCACCAGUACAUCCCUGGGCCUGGCGCGGCUGCUGGCGGAGCACGGGAUUUCUGCCUCCGUGUACAACCCCUGCAGCUGGGACCGAGGGCUGGCGGCUAGCGGAGCUUCAACCAUCACGGGAGCAGAGCCGGCUCAGAAAUGCACAACAAGGCCAGAAGAGAGUGCCGUCAGACAUUUGGUGAAACGGCCAGACACUCUCCCUCUCCAGCCCUGCACCCCUCCCAGCUCACCUUACUCCAAAUUUGCCUCUUCUACACCAACAUGCCCCGUGUUUCAGUUCAGCCCUCAGGAUGACGACCCGCCGUAUCACGACGCCUUCCUGGCCUCCAAACCGGCACGUACCAUUCUGAGGGAAGUGCUGGGAGAGCUAGAGAAGGAGCAGUGCAGCCUGGCAGACGACGAAAGCCAAACGGAGAUGACAAACCUCCGGCUUGUUGACAAGCUGAAACGUUUCCGCACGCUUUCCCCGUUUUCUGCCUCGGCUUCAUCCGGUUCCGCUCUGAUGGCCACCUUUGGCUCCACUGGGUUGGGGAACAGCGCACUGGGCGGGGGGCUUCCAGGUCUGAGCACAGGUCUGAGGAGGAACCGCAGCUAUCCGGCCAUGGUGGGGGCCAGUAUGGCUAUGAAAGACCCGGGUGGCCCGCCCUGCAGCGAAAUACUCAUACCACACACACUGUCCACCUCACAGACACAACACGCAGCCGAGACACAGGAAGUGCAAACAAAUCAGACUGCGGCUACAAAGGCCACUCACCAACCACAGACUGUGCACGCACUGGAAACGGUCACACCGCAGACAAUAAUCCAUAGACACACCAGAGCGAGCAGUGAUCUGGGGGCUUUUACGAGACACAGCCAGCGCAGCGAAGAUCAAACUGGGACAUAGAAGAAAGACUCGGCUUAUUAACCCGUAUUACAGCACUAUUCCUUACAUAACUAUACAUGUACAUGCAUAACCUUAUUAUUUACAAAGCCAAAUAUCAGAUUUAACUCCGCAGUUGUAGACCCGGAAGACUGACCGACACGAUGACUCAAACAAUCAUCACUGAGCAGUGAAGCUGAAUGAGACGCAGCGGUGAAUAAAACUGGUAGUGACUGAAACUGUUACACUGUGUUAAACUCUUAAACUGUCUGGCCAGACUGACGACGAUAGAAUAUGUUGCCUUUCUCUGUCGAGUUUUAUUCAAUAUUGUACUUUAUAUGCAAAAUGAUGUGGCAUAUAGUAUAACAUUAAGGGCCCAAUCUGGUGAUUUUACUCUAGUUUUUCUUUUUCAGAUUUUAGCCGUUGCUUAACUGAAUGUGAGAUCGAUUUUGAUGCUGUUGAGAUUAUUUUUGAAGAAAUUGAAUUUAAAGCUAUAUUUCAGAAAUUCAACUGUUAAUUUGAGAGCGCCGUGUGUUCUGCGGUUUGUUGCCCAUUUUAUAUCAGGAAAAAACAUUUCCAGAAAGCAUUUUUCCUUCUACAAACCUACUUACAUGACUCAUGUUACUGAUGACAAGUCAUUCUAGUUUUUGGCUUUGCUUUUGAUUUUGAUAUCUGUAAACGUCUGACAGAGUGCUUAAAGAGACUACUGGUGUGUGCAAACAAAAUUAAUAUUUUCUCCGUCAUUUUGUUUCUGUGUUUCAGUAACAACAGAUUUUAUUCAAAAGCUCAGAUUUGUGAGGAUUUAAGUUAAGUGCCAGUAUAAAUGUCAUCAAGAUGCAUUAGUAAUCAAAACUCUGCAAGUCCUUCCAGAGUUGCAUUUUUCUCAGCAGUUGAAAUUGUCAAUAUAUAAU